AUGCAAGUUCUGGGCCAAAUCGAAUCUGUCAAGGCAGUUGUGGAGAUUGAGCAAGAUAUAGCUGAUCAAGUUUGCAAGGCCAACAUCCCCUUGGAAUCGAUUAACACUAUCAUCUGGUCCCAUCGCCAUAUGGACCAUACUGGGGACCCCUCCCUAUUCCCGCCAUCCACGGAGCUAGUUGUUGGCCCUGGAUUCAAGCUCGAUAAAGCUACUUCCCAAGGAUAUCCUCAAAAUGCGGACGCUCUGGUGACUGCUGAUGCCUUCACUGGACACAACUUUGUCGAUCUGGAUUUCAGUGGUGCCUUGAAAAUUUGGGGUUUUCGGGCUCUCGACAUUUUUCAAGGUGGAAGUCUUUACCUGCUGAGGUCAAACGGACAUAGUAUCUUUAUCCCGUGA